CAACCACCUACCCAACCGCGCUCAUACAGCCAGGCCUACAUCCCCAACGGCACUUCCGCUCAAGCAUCUGGUCCCGUUCCAGGAGCGACGCCACUUCUCCCUAACCAAGGUCGCGUGGUGCAAGCUGGUGGCGCCAGAGUUCUCUGUAUCGCGGACGUGCGAGGCAACCUUCGAUCUCUGAACGAACUCGCUCGCAACGCAAGAGCCGACUACAUCAUCCACACUGGUGACUUUGGUUUCUACGACAACACUUCGCUCGACCGCAUUGCUGAGAAGACCCUUAAGCACGUUGCGCAAUAUUCUCCUCUCCUGAACGAUGCUGUCAAGAAUGACAUCGCCCGUGCCCCAGCCCAAUCGUCGAUCAAGGAGCGCUUCCAGCGCGAGAACCUCCCUCUGUCAGAACUGCCGCAAUUCCUGAACGGAACCUACACACUUGAGAAGCCCGUCUAUACAGUAUGGGGCGCAUGUGAAGACGUCUCGGUCUUGGAAAAGCUGCGCUCAGGAGAAUACAAGAUCAACAACCUGUUCGUCAUUGAUGAGUCGCAUGCCCGCCUGCUCGACAUUGGCGGUGUCAAGUUGCGCCUUCUGGGUCUUGGAGGCGCUGUUGUCAUGCACAAGCUGUUCGACAAUGGCGAGGGUCGCACCACUAUUGCUGGAGGACAGGGCACAAUGUGGACCACACUCCUUCAGAUCGGCGAGCUCAUCGACACAGCCAACCGUGUUUACGAUCCUACCGAGACCCGUGUCUUCGUCACUCACGCAUCGCCUGCUCGUGAAGGUCUGCUCAACCAGCUGGCUGUGGCUCUGAAGGCUGAUUUCUCCAUUUCGGCCGGCUUGCACUUCCGUUACGGCAGCUCCUACAACGAAUUUAGCGUCAACCCUACUCUGGAUCACUACCGCGGCAAGUUGGCCGCUUCCAAGGCCUCUUUCAACGAUGUCUGGGAGACUGUCAAGAGCGAGGUCGAACCUGCAGUUUCCGAGAACGAGUCGCAGCAGCGCCUGCUGAACAAUGCUCUUGACUUGGUUUCGAAGAUGCCCUCUGUCGCAAACGGCGGCAACCCCUUCGGUGGCGGCUACACUGGUCCUCAGGGCGGUGUUGUUGACGAGAGCGCUUUCAAGAACAUGUGGAACUUCAAUCUGGCUGAUGCCGCCUUCGGCUGGCUUUUGCUUGACAUUGACCAGGGCAGAAUUGGCACCGAGAUGAAGGCUCAGGGUUUCAACUUCUCGCACCGCGCCGGCAAG